AUGACCGCAAGGGUGCAGCGGCGGGUGCCGGUACCUGAGAAGGCCGAGCCCGCGGGACAGCGCAGACUGUUGGAGGGAACAAGCUCCAGAGAGGAGGCUGAGACCGUACUGCCUGCCAGGCUGCUACGGCUUUCCCAGGCGAAACACCGCCGUGGCUCCGUACCCGUCGGGCAGGGUUUCCCUGGGCUGCAGCCUGCCCUCCUCACGGCUGGACCGUUCUUCCAACCGCCCCGGUCCCGCUCGCCCGACGGAGCCUCUUGUCCCACCGGAGGUCGCAGCCCACGCAGUCCCGGGACGUGUGGGGCAGCGCACUGCGAGCGCGGCCGGAGGCGGGCCGGCCCCGCCCCGCCAGGUUAUACAGCCCCGUCCUGCCGCCCGCCUGCUCCCGAUCCUCCCACCCCGCCGCCAAGGACCGGCCAGUCGCUGCCUCAUCGCCGCGGGGCCAGGACCGGGUCCGCCUCCCCGCGGCCGGGCGAUGGUGCCGGCGCCCAAGGGCGCCCUGCUUGCUGUCCUUCUCGCCGUCCUUCUCGUCCUCCUCCUCUCCGCCGGGCUGGCAACCGCGAGCAGGUGAGCGGGGGCACCGGGGAAGGGGAUCGGAAGCGUACCUGGGGCCUUGUGUGGCAGCACCGUGUGGGGUCCCGGCAGGCAGACCUGGGGUUGGGUCGGAGUCAUCGGCGGGUGGCCGAACUGGGCAGCAGCGUACGCACCCUGCCGUGCCGGGGACUGCCGCCGUUGUCGGUGAGUCUGCGCUUCACCUGGGACCGUGGAGAGUUGCCGGUGCCACGCUGCACAGCCCAGGCCUCUCCCUGCAGAGCGGGUAGCGCGGCUCCGUGCUCAAGAGCUCAUGGGCAGCUGGUGAGUGUGAACCAGCCUGGGGUGUGUCACUACGGUUCUAGGUUGGAUUGCUGUUAUGGCUGGAAAAAGAACAACAAGGGCCACUGUGAAGCUAUCUGUGGACAUGGCUGCAAGUAUGGCGAGUGCAUGGGACCAAACAAAUGCAAAUGUUUCCCUGGAUUUACAGGGAAAACCUGUAAUCAAGAUCUGAACGAAUGUGGACUGAAACCACGACCCUGUGAACACAGAUGUAUGAAUACGCAUGGCAGCUACAAGUGCUAUUGUCUCAACGGGUACAUGCUUAUGCCAGAUGGCACAUGUGCAAGUUCUAGGACAUGUGCCAUGGUGAAUUGCCAGUAUGGAUGUGAAGAAGUCAAAGGACAGGUGCGGUGUCUUUGUCCAUCAGGUGGCCUUCAGCUGGGACCAGACGGAAGGACAUGCAUUGACAUUGAUGAAUGUUCUUCUGGCAAAGCUGUCUGCUCUUACAACCGCAGAUGCAUCAACACAUUUGGAAGCUACUAUUGCAAGUGCCAGCCUGGUUAUGAACUGAAAUAUGUCAGUGGCCAUUAUGACUGUGUAGAUGUAAAUGAAUGUGUGACAAAUACACACAGGUGUAAUCUCCAUGCAGAGUGCCUCAAUACCGAAGGAUCCUUCAAGUGCAAAUGUAAACAAGGCUACCGAGGAAGUGGAUUCAGUUGUGCUGUUAUCCCUGAAAAGUCAGUGAAGGAAAUUGCAAGAAUCUCUGGAACAGCUAAGGACACAAUUAAGAAACUCCUUGCACAUAAAAACAGCAUGAAAAAAGAUGAAACAAUCAAGAAUGUGAUUCCAGAAGCAGCUGUGACAUCACCUUCUAAGACCCACUUACAGUUAUUGGACUAUGAAGAUGGUAUUGAUCGUAGUGAAAGCUACAGUGAGGAAGAGAAAGAAACUGAAGUGGCAGAAGAUUCAGAUGAAGAGGAAAAGGAAGGUUUUGAGAAUCAAGCCGACCAUGAGCAAAGCCUUAGAGGAGAUGUCUUCUUUCCUAAGCUGAAAGAAGCAGCUGCAUUUGGCCCUCUCCUGGCACAGAGGAAAUUUCCAGUGUCAAGACCAGAGCAAGAAGUUGACUGCAGUUUCAGUCGAGGAGUCUGUGACUGGAAACAAGAUACUGAUGAUGACUUUGACUGGAAUCCUGCUGAUCGAGAUAGAGGUGAUGGGUACUACAUGGCAGUUCCAGGUUUUGUGGGGCACAAGGAGGAUAUGGGACGUCUAAAACUGCUCCUCACUGAACUCAAACCAAAGACCAGCUACUGCUUGAUUUUCUCUUACCGGCUUGCUGGCGAGAGAGUAGGGAAGCUUCGGGUGUUCCUGACAAACGAAAAACAUGCUCCUAUCUGGGAGCAGGACAAAGGAAAAGAUGAGAGGUGGAGAACUGGGAAAAUAGAGAUAUUUCAGGGGGGUGAAACAACCAACAGUAUCACUUUUGAAUCAGAACGUGGGAAGGGAAAAACUGGAGAGAUUGGAGUGGACAAUGUUAUACUAAUUUCUGGUCAAUGUCCAGAAGAUGACUGA